AUGGAGCUCAGACCGAGUUUGUUUCCAGCGACUGUGAUCUUAUUCAUUCUUUCCAACGGCAGCAUUGGAGGACAAUCAGCUGCUCUGAAAAUGGACCAGGCUUUGAUCACAUUUCAGAACCUGCUUACUGAAGAGGUGCACAUUUACUUCACUUCAGACUACUGCUAUAAGUGUGUGCAACAGCCUUUGACCAGUGUAAAACCAAACAACAGUUCAUCUGUGAUCAUCAGCACAAAGUUCACUUUAACAAUGCAGGCGGAGACCAAAACCAGGAACAGCUCUUUCUGCAGAUGGAGCCAAACUUAUGGAGAAGGAGGACAUUACUUGGUUGAUAUUCGGCUUUCAGAAGUGGUCGAUGAACCAAGCUGUACACACACCGUCCAGACAUCGCCUCACAAUGUUUACCUGCCUCUCCUCGUGGCUGCUCUCGUCCUGCUCUUUCUCUCCGCCCUAGUUGUUGCUGCUCCGUACAUUUACAGGAGGCGUGAUACAUCAAAGUUUCUCAGGGCCGUUUGCUGCAGGAGCCCUCAGUAUUCAGUGGACAAAACUGAACCACCAGAAUGCGACCGACCCAAAUCCGCUCGUCUUCAGUCUCUGGACACAUUUCGAGGGUUUUCGCUGACGAUAAUGGUGUUUGUGAACUACGGAGGGGGAGGAUACUGGUUCUUUCAACAUGCCCCUUGGAACGGACUGACUGUGGCAGAUCUCGUCAUGCCGUGGUUUGUGUUCAUCAUCGGGACGUCGGUGGUUCUGGCUUUCGACUCGAUGCGAAGACGAGGAGUGACGCGAACGCAGCUCCUUCGCAAAGUGACCUGGAGGACGGCGGUGCUGCUGCUGCUCGGCUUCUGCUUCCUCAACUACUCUCCACGCGAUGGACCACUAUCGUGGUCAUGGCUGCGGGUCCCUGGGGUCCUGCAGCGUUUGGGAUUCACAUACUUUGUCCUGUCUUUGCUGCAGAUUUUCUGGGGUCUGUUCUCGGUCCCGCUCAGGACGAAGCCGCUCCAGGACUUGACCCUGUACUGGCCUCAGUGGUUGCUCCUGGUCCUGUUGGAUUCUCUGUGGUUGUGUCUCACCUUUCUGCUGCCGCUGCCAAACUGUCCCACAGGUUACUUGGGAGCAGGUGGAAUCGGGGACAAUGGUCUGUUCCCAAACUGCACUGGCGGAGCUGCAGGCCUCAUCGACCACUGGAUGUUUGGAGACAAUAUGUUCAGAUACCCCACGUGCAGAGAAAUGUAUCAGACCACACAGCCCUUUGAUCCUGAAGGCGUCUUGGGCACAAUCAACUCCAUAUUGAUGGGGUUUCUGGGGAUGCAGGCCGGGAAGAUCAUAAUAUUCUACAGAGGCUCCAACGUGGACAUCCUGGGCCGGUUUGCAGCGUGGGCGGUGCUCCUGGGAAUCUCCGCAGCCAUCCUUACUAAGUGCACGAGAGACGCUGGAUUUAUACCUGUCAAUAAAAACCUUUGGUCUUUGUCCUUUGUGACCUGUUUGGGCAGCUUCUCCUUCCUGCUGCUGGGAGCCAUGUAUUUCAUCAUUGAUGUGAGAGGCUGGUGGAGAGGGCGGCCCUUCAUAUUCCCAGGUACAAACUCCAUCCUGGUGUACGUGGGCCACUCUCUGCUGGGCUUCUACUUCCCCUUCAGCUGGGACAUGAGUGUUCGGGACAGUCACUGGGAGCUGCUCUUCAUGAACCUCUGGGGCACCUCUCUCUGGGUCCUAGUGUCCUACCUGCUCUACCGUAAACGCUUUUUCCUCAAAAUAUGA